CUCUCUUCCGACUGCCCACAACUAGACUCAUUUCGAAAUUCGUUUAAAAAAUCCAACGUUUGUCAAAUGGCAACGCACAGUUGACAUUCUGAGAUGAAAUUUUCCUGAUCAAACUCAGAUAACCCAAUUCAGGGAAUCCAAAACCCUUUUAGUUGAAUCUAUUUUCUUCAGCUGCCUAUUUCAAAAGAUCUGUUUUUUAAGAUGAAAUUUCACUUGCAGGUAUCAUAAUAUCCGAAACCCCUUUCUCAAAUUCCAAGACCCAUUUGAUUUAAACCUCUUUUCUUCACGUACCCAAAUCGAAAAAUCCAAUCUUUGAGAUGAUUUCGACCUUCAAAUCCCAAAUCCUGGAAACCCAUUUUAGAUAGGCUCAAACCCAACUCGAAAAAUCUCACCUUUUGAUAUGAAAUUCAGCUCUUUCUCCUGAACCCAUCUAAUUGUACCCGUUUUCUACUCGUUUUCCUGAAAUUUCCCAUCUCUAGCCAAACAGAGGCCUGUGCCAGGGAGAAGGCAAUGAACGGUGUAGUGGUCAAGGAAGAGGAAGCUGGCGGCAGCUCGUCUUUUGUCUUGUCUCCACAGCCGAUGGAGGGAUUGCACGAUGCCGGCCCGCCUCCGUUCUUGACAAAGACAUUCGACAUGGUUGAGGACCCGGCAACUGACUCGGUCGUAUCUUGGAGCCAAUCUCGCAACAGCUUCAUCGUGUGGGAUGCGCACAAGCUCGCCACCAAUCUCCUUCCCAAAUACUUCAAGCACAGCAAUUUUUCCAGCUUCAUACGCCAGCUCAAUACAUACGGUUUUAGAAAGGUUGAUCCAGAUCGAUGGGAGUUUGCAAAUGAAGGGUUUUUGGGAGGGCAGAAGCAUCUAUUGAAAAACAUCAAGAGGCGAAGGCAUGUCCCUCAGAACUUACAACAGCAGGAAACCAGUGCUUGCGUUGAAUUGGGCCAAUUCGGUGUGGAAGAUGAAGUUGAGCGACUGAAAAGAGAUCGCAAUGUACUAAUGGUUGAAAUCGUGAAGCUUAGACAACAACAGCAGAACUCCCGAGCCCAACUCGCUGCCAUGGAAGAAUGGUUGCAAGGUACAGAGAGAAAGCAGCAACAGAUGAUGGCCUUCCUGGCCAGAGCUCUUAAGAACCCAACUGUUGUCCAGCAGCUGAUGCGGUGUGGUGAGCAGAAGAAAGCAUUUGGAGGCAUUGGAAGGAAACGUAGAUUGCCGGCAAGUGCAAGUUCAGAGAACCUGCAAGAGGAAGUGAUCUCGGCCAUGGGUGCUCAGGCCGAUAGCUACCCACAUCAGACAGUGGCUGAGGAAGAAGUUGCGAUUGAAACGGAGAUUGAGAUGCUAUUUUCUGCCAUGGAUAACAGCUCAGGCAGUUCUAAUACAAAUCCAACUGUUGAAGUUAUCCCUGGCCACAGCGACUGGGAUUCGGGUUCCGCAAAUGACAUUUUGUGGGAAGAAUUACUGAAUGAGGAGCUGAUUGCAGGGAAUUUAGAAGGGGAAGAAGAACAAACGGAGAUUGAUGUGGAGGUGGAGGAUUUGGCUGCUAGGCCAUCUGAUUGGAGCGACAAUGUACAGGUCUUGGCUGAGCAAAUGGGUUUUCUGGGGUCAAAGCCAUGAAGGCAAAUCCAAUCGGAAUAAAACCCAAACGCCCAAUGCCAUCUU